GCGGGCCUCCCCGGCGCUGUCUGGUGCCCCGGUUCCCGGCACGACCCCGACGCAUCCCCUUCCCGGGACGGGGCGCGGCCACAGCGGCGGGCGGUGGGCGGCGAGCGCAGAGGCUGCCUGGGGCUUGGGGACGCGCCGACGGUUCGCGCGGCCCUAGAAUGGCGCAAAAGAAAUAUCUCCAAGCAAAAUUGACCCAGUUCUUAAGGGAAGACAGAAUUCAACUUUGGAAACCUCCAUAUACAGAUGAAAAUAAAGAAGGCGGUUUGGCAUUGAAGGACCUUGCUAAGAAGUACUCUGACAGGCUAGAAUGUUGUGAAAAUGAAGUAGAGAAGAUAAUCGAAGAAAUACGUUGCAAAGCAAUCGAGCGUGGCACAGGAAAUGAAAAUUAUAAAACAACAGGAAUUGCUACAAUUGAGGUCUUUUUGCCUCCACGGCUAAGAAAAGAUAGGAAAAACCUGUUGGAGACGCGGCUGCACAUCACUGGCAGAGAACUGAGGUCGAAAAUUGCUGAAACCUUUGGAUUUCAAGAAAAUUACAUCAAAAUUGUCAUAAACAAGAAACAGCUUCAACUCGGGAAAACCCUUGAGGAACAAGGCGUGACGCACAACGUGAAGGCCAUGGUGCUUGAACUCAAACAGUCCGAAGAGGAUGUGAGGAAACACUUCCAGGUUGAGGAGGAAGAGCAAAAUGAAGCUGAGCUCAAGGAAAAAAGGAUCCAGAGGACCAAGAGAGGCCUGGAGAUACUGGCGGAGAGAGCUGAGAUGGUGGUGGAUCCAGAAACCACACCGUAUUUAGACAUAGCCAACCAGACGGGCAGAUCAAUCAGAAUUCCUCCGUCAGAAAGAAAGGCCCUUAUGUUAGCUAUGGGAUAUCAUGAGAAGGGCAGAGCUUUCCUGAAAAGAAAAGAAUAUGGAAUAGCCUUGCCAUGUCUGUUGGAUGCUGACAAAUAUUUCUGCGAGUGUUGCAGGGAGCUGCUGGACACCGUGGACAACUACGCCGUGCUGCAGCUGGACAUCGUGUGGUGCUACUUCCGCCUGGAACAGCUGGAAUGCCUUGACGAUGCAGAAAAGAAAUUAAACUUGGCUCAGAAAUGCUUUAAGAAUUGUUACGGAGAAAACCACCAGAGACUGGUCCACAUAAAAGGGAACUGUGGGAAAGAGAAGGUAUUGUUUUUAAGACUUUACUUGCUUCAAGGUAUCCGAAAUUAUCACAGUGGAAAUGGCGAAGAGGCUCGUGACUAUCUCAACAAGGCGCGCCAGCUCUUUAAAGAGCUCUAUAUCGAUCCGUCGAAAGUUCACAAUCUGUUGCAGUUGGGGUUUACUGCCCAGGAAGCCCGGCUUGGCCUCAGGGCCUGUGACGGGAACGUGGACCACGCGGCAGCCCACAUCACCAACCGCAGAGAGGAAUUGGCCCAAAUAAGGAAAGAGGAAAAAGAAAAGAAAAGACGCCGGCUGGAGAGUAUCAACUCUUUGAAAGGAAUGGGCUACUCCACUCACGCGGCCAAGCAGGCCCUGCAUCAGGCCGGCGGGAACCUGGAUGAAGCCCUGAAGAUUCUUCUCAGUAAUCCUCAGAUGUGGUGGUUAAAUGAUUCAGAUCCUGAAACCAGCAGCCAUCAAGAAAGUCCUUCCCAGGAAAACAUCGAGCAGCUGGUGUACAUGGGCUUCGACGCGGUGGCGGCUGACGCUGCCCUGAGAGUGUUCAGGGGGAACGUGCAGCUGGCGGCCCAGACCCUGGCCCACAAUGGGGGGAGUCUUCCUCGGGACCUGCAGCUCGCGGCCGAAGACGCUUCCUCCACGCCGUCCACGUCCCCUUCCGACUCCGCGGGUACCUCCAGUGCCUCAACAGAUGAAGAUAUGGAGACAGAAGCCGUCAAUGAAAUAUUGGAAGAUAUUCCGGAACACGAAGAAGAUUACCUUGACUCAACUCUGGAAGACGAAGAAAUAAUUAUUGCAGAGUACUUAUCCUAUGUAGAAAACAUAAAGUCGGCAACAAGGAAAAACUGAAUAAUGAGCAGAAAUACGUACUGAGUUUCUGCUUAUAAAUUCUAUCAUUAUGAAAAGUCGAAUGCAGGUCUUUUUUUCCUUCUUUGUAUCUGAUUUUGCUGCAGGAAUGCUUCCUCCCUGGGUGUAGGAGGGGCAGCGGGGAGCAGGGGCUGCUCUGAGGGUGAGGCGGGCUGGGGAGGGACAGGUGCGGGUUCCUAAUGCUGAGCCUGGGGAAGGCGCUGCCUCUGGCCUGGUCCUCCUCCUCCUGGCAGCCUUCCGGCCUUCAGAUGCUGCAGCCCUAACCUGUUCUUCUCCUCUGCUUGGUUUCUUUUUACCGAGAAAUGGGAAGGGCAGUUACUUCUGGAGCGUAGGUGGCCCCUGGGGAGGGUCUCCAGGAGGAGCUAAUGGGGGGGAAGCAUCCAUCCAUCUCUUCACUUUGCCAGCUCUCCUGCCCCGCCGAGCUCACUGCUGGCUUCCCUACCUCCUGCGCUGCAGCUCUGCCUGCCUGCUUUGGCCUCGCUGGCCCCUCCCUGACAUGUCCUUUAAAUCUUCAACCAUUCCAAGCUCUCUGGGGGCUGAGGAUGAGGGAUCAGCUACAGUAGCUGUACCAGACUGUGGCAGGCUGGACGUCUGUGUUGUACACGCUUAGUUUAGUAAAAUGUGUAUUUGAAAUUCAAGGUUGAAGUGGAGAAUUUAUAUCUCUUCAAAAUUCUUUACAAAAAUAAAAUCUUUCAUUAAAUGGGGAAGUCUUAAAUGCUAACCAGAGCAAUUAAUUUUUAAUCAGCAUUUCCAGACACUGUACUGUCAUAUGAAACUCACUGCUCACUGAGAUAUCUAUCCGAGAUUAAGAUCUAUUUUCUCCAGGUUUGUGGGGGCUUUUGGGUAUACCUGUGUCACACUACUAAUUUCUGAAGACGUAGUUAGCCUCUUAAUGGCCCAAGUAAGCACUCCGACUGCGCCAAACAUUGCUCGGGAGAUGGGAGUGACAUGAGAGCCGGGUCCGGCCCCAGGACACAGCCGGCAGCCCCAGUGUGCCAGAUAUGUCCCUGAUCCUCCUCCUGUCCUCCAGAGGUCACUGGAAGCUUCUGUGAUGGAGGGUAGGUGGCCCCGUUGCCAGGGCCAAGGGCCGGCUGAAAUGCUGUGACUUUUUCCCUAAUCCUUUUCAUAUAGCCUGAACAGCAGCCCAGUUUGAAUGGGUGGGAAUCUUUUCUGUGGACUUUACAAUGAAGGAUACAAAUGGGAAAAAAAGGUGGAAAACAUACUCAAAAAUCAUCA